CUUCCUUAGAAACCACAGAUGGUUCCUGUGUUGCUGCAUCAGAUGGCAAAAAGGACUUGUUUAACAGAAAACAUGGACCCAUAGCAAAAAACCACAUACAAUUACUGUACUGCAAUCUCCAUUUCCAGUUUAGUGCUGUGAUCAGCAUUUGGUCAAAACAAUGACUGAAAAUAUCAGAAGCAAUUACCUGUAUCAGCCUGCAUUCAUUAUAACACACUGGAGGACUGUUAAUCCAAAACGCAAAACCUGUGGGAAGGAAACAGGAAAAGAGAAAAUUCUCCAUAAAUGGCCAUGGAAUAUGUUGAAAGAUUGCCUUGAUAACUUCUGCUAAUAUGACAGAAACAUUGCAAAUAUAUCAGCAAUCAACUAUUUGAGGAAGGAAUUCCUAUCCAGCAUGAACAACACAUCAAAAGAAUGUUUUCUGCAAUUCACAGCUAACUACACAUCUGUUUUAAAUAUCACAAACACAAAAGAAGUUGUUCACAGAGCCACACUGGGAACCUGCACAUUACUGCUUGUACUGAUAUUCUGCCUUGGCACCUAUGGAAAUGUAAUUGUUUUGUCCUCUUUUUUUAACCCAACGUUCCGAAAAUUCCAUACUCGAUUUGACUUCAUGAUUCUAAAUCUGUCUUUUUGUGAUCUUUUCAUCUGCUGUGUGACAGCACCCAUGUUUGGAGUUGUGAUGUUUUUUGACAGUGGAAGCAGUAUGUCAGAAGCAUUUUGUUUUACUUUUCAUCUAACAAGCACAGGAUUUGUAACAAUGUCUCUAAAGACGGUGGCUGUCAUUGCAGUACAUCGAUUAAGGAUGGUUUUGGGACAGGAUCCAAGCAGAUCAGCCUCAUUCUUUUUCACUCUCCUUACAACCAUUAUCUUGUGGGUAUUAAGCUUUACUUUGGCUGCUUUUUCUGCCAUGAAUAAAUACCAUGGCUCUCAAGUCUGUGUCCCACUUAUUGGGCUGAUUAAUGAAGGCGGCAAAGCUAUUCUAUACAUCUAUGUUGUUGACUUCACAUUAUGUGUUGGUAUUGUUGCUGUCUCAUAUGCCAUGAUUGCUCAGACGUUACGAAAAAAUUCUAAAGUUUGCCGUUGCCCAAUUAUCACAGUGGCGGAUCCCACAAAACCAAACUGUUUUCUGACUGCAGAAGAAUCAGGACCUCCUCUUUAUCGAAAACAAAACUGCAGUAAGCCCUUGCAUGUGCAAAGUGAUCCUCAUGUACAGUACCAAAGAAAAUCUGCCACAACUGCAAAAAAAACAGAUAAAUCACUCAACCUCUCAGCCACCAAGGACUCGAAAGCUUUAGUAACCUGCGUCAUGAUUGUUCUCUCUGUGGUCUGUUGCCUUCCUUUGGGUAUUGCUUUAGUCCAUGAUGUACUGUAUUCACAAGGUAACUUUCUCAUCUACCAGUUUGAGUUAUGUGGCUUCACACUGGUGUUUUUCAGAUCAGGUCUCAAUCCAUUCAUCUAUUCCCGUAAUAACUCUGGCCUACGUAGGAAAGCUGCUUGGUGCAUACAGUUUGUAGCCUUUCUGCUAUGCUGCAAACAGAAGACAAGGCUAAAGGCUGUUGGAGAUGGAAGUUUAAUUGUAAACAGGAAUAAAUCCUCGCACCAUGACACAAAUUCUGCAUACAUACUAUCACCAAAACCACUGAAGAAGCUUGUGGAUCAGGCAUGCGGCCCAAGUAACACUAAAGAUACUGUAACUGCUGGUGGCCUUCCAAAUGGUAACAGCAAUUCAACUCCAAUAAAUACAAGAAUUGAACCUUAUUAUAGCAUUUACAACAGCAGUGUCACAGCUGAUGACAGCAGUCCAGUGAGCAUACCACAGAAAAGGUCUAUUCUGAGUUCAGCCCAGUCUUACACAGGAAUGUAUUACCACAUUUUUAAAACUUCAGACUUCAUGCAGGAAUGUGACAGCACCUCUGAAAGGCAUAUACCUGUCCCAUCUGUUUAAUUCUUUAAGUACUGAUGGUUAUUACUGAAGGAAAGUGUUUAGGUACAGAUCCUAGAAGGCCAUGGCACAGUAAUGUUUUUUUUUUUCAAAAUCACAGACUUAGUAAGGAAUGUCUAAACAUUAUAGAGCCCAGUCUACACAGAAAAUACAUAAAAUGUAAUGUAGGAACAGGGGAUUUAUAUCAAAAUAAUGUUAGCACUGGACUAGACUCUACAGUGCAAACAAAUAUAAUAAACUAUUAAUAUUUUCGAGAUGCAAAAAAUGAAUGCUUAGUAGACAGCAUGCCCAAUAAAAUUUGCUCUUACAA